CGGUGCGCACAUUGGCACGCUCAGACUGGUGGAAGUACUGUCUGGAUAUAUUUCGGAAAAUAGCUACUUCAUCCCGUUAAGUUACUUUGUUUAUGUAGACUGUCCAGUUGUAGGUCUCUAUCGUCACAUGUUUCCAAAUAUUUUGUAUUGAUAAUCACAAAUUUACAUUUAAAGUCGUUGGUGAACAACGUAAGCUAGCUAGCUUAGAUAACCAAUGAGCCGAAUAGUCGGGGAAGGUUAGAUACCCAGCUGUCAGUCCUUUCUUGGGGUUUGAGGGCGCCUUUUAGUUGUCCAUGACGUUAGCUGGGUUAGAUAGCUGGAUUCCUAAACUAACUUCGUUGUCAAAUAACACCUUUUUUCAUCAUUAAUACACGACAUACGAACACACUCAAAAGCAGGCCUCGGUUUGGAAACAAUGAGCAGUGGGUAGUAGUAUGUGGCCCCUACUUCAAAAGCUAGCUAGCUAGCUAGCCUAGCUAAGCUACUACUAGUAGUAGCUGCAAACUGAGUCGCUAGACAGUCGGAGCGGAGCCUGGCCGAUGGAAAGCGCCGCUUUUUGUUGAUGAGGACACCUCCAGCCAGCAAGAUGAAGGGGCUCCAGACGGAUGCCUGUAACCCACCCAAUGUACAUCAUCACACAAUGCUCGAGCAGGACAUGUCAAACGAGGCAGCCAACCACACUGGCCGGCCCCUUCUCUUCCACAACCAGGACUGCACCUCCGAAUCAGACUCGGGCCCCCAUCACAGUGGAGGUGUGGUCCACAUCGUGUCAUCCUCAGACCCCAAAUGGCACAGCAGCACUGAAUGUGACCCAGCCACCGAAGGGCUCAGCAACGGGGCGUGCGGCCUGGAGAAUGUUUCGUCCCACUGUGACAACAGCACUGACCUUGCACUGAGCCACUGCGUGUCUGACAUCUCCAACGACCUCUCCCUCCCAGAAGUCUGCAUCUCCUCCAACACUGCAGUGCAGGAAGACGACUUGAGCUAUGAGAUCCAACAGGCUUACAGGAUAUUCAGUGGGUUCCUUCUGGACAAGCACAAGGGCAUCACAACCCCCUUCCUUCACCCUAUUGGGCUGGAGGAUCAGAGUGGGAUGGGGCUCAGGGUCAGAGGUCAGACCAGGCAGUCUAUGUGUCUGAGAAGAAUGCAGGAGAAGUUCCUAGGCCGGGAGUAUGAGACAAUAACCGAGUUUGUAGCCGAUUUCAGGCUGAUGCUGGAGAACUGUUAUCGGCACCACGGGGUGGACCAUUGGGUCUCCAAACAAGCCCAGAAACUGGAGAUCAUGCUGGAACAGAAGCUCACCUUGCUUUCCAGAACCCUGCGAGAGAGGACCACUCUGGUGAUGACGUCCAAGGGUCGCUUCGGGGCGGAGGACCAGCGUGGCCCCGCUCUGGGGGGGACGUCCACCCGGAGAAGGUCGGUGCCCCGCAGCCUGGCCACCCUCACCGUGGGCGGGCACGAGUCCCUCAUGGUCCAGGCUCUACGUCUGGAGGAGCAGCAGAGGGUGAAGGAGGAGAGGCGGCAACGAGAGCUGGAGAAGAAGGAGGCGGAGGAGACGUCCGCCAAGGAGGUGGAGGAGUGGGAGAGCGUCCUCCUCUCCCAGGCCUCCCCCUGGUCCAUCCACACCAUGUGGGAGCUGCCCGCCAUCGGCCACUUCCUGUGCCUGGCCCAGACGGCCCUCAACCUCCCGGAGAUCGUGUUCUUCGAGCUGGAGCGCUGCCUCCUGAUGCCUCGCUGCAGCUCCUUCCUGGCCAAGGUCAUGAGCUCCCUGCUGUGCGCUCCCCAGAGGAGGCCCACGCUGCACCGCCGGCCCGCCCUUCCCUACCGCCGCUGGGAGGCGGAGCUGAGGCUGAGGGUGCUGGGCUGGUACCGGGCCGUGGGGGCCGCCGAGGACCAGAGGCCCCGGGCUGAGCAGCUGGGACUGGACCAGCAGGUGUUUCGUAAGCUCGGGGAAGUCAGUCCCCUGGAGGAGCACCCCUUCCACCUGCUCUCCUUCCUCCAGCGCGUGUGGCUCCUCAAGGCGCUCUGCGACAACGUGUACCAGACCCAGAAGGAGGUCCAGGACGCCGUGCUGGGCCAGCCUAUCCACGAGUGCCGCGAGUCCAUCCUGGGCUACGACGGGCAGGAGAACGCCUACAUCCACUUCCCCCACUUCUGCGGCGCCGACCUGAGGAUCUACUGCCAGAGCCCCAGCCUGCCGCCCCAGUUCCCCCUGCCGCCUGUCCAGGUGCGCAGGCUGGAGCCCGCGGAGGGGGAGGACGGGGGGGACUCUGACCCGCAGAAGGGGGAAGAACAGGAGGAGGUGGAGGAGGGUGCUGGGAGUUGUAGUCUCCUGGUCUCGAUGAAGACGGAGGAGCCGGAGGAGAAGCAGGUGGGGGGAGGGGUCGGAGGGGAGAACGGCGAGGUCAGCGGGGCGGGGAUGUUUCACCCCCCCUGGGGGCUGAAGAAAGAGGAGGCUUCGUCAUCGGACGAGGAAGAGGUGCUGAAGGAAGACUUGAAACUGAAUGUAAGGAGGAGUAGUCGGCGCUCCCUUGCUGGCCAAUCAGGAUCCAGGGACUGUGUCAGUUCUGGGGGGAGGAGUCGGAGGAGCGGCAUGAAGGAGGAGCCCCUGUCUGAGGAGGACGUCAACGUCCGACACCGAGUCAAACGACAAGUCCAAACCGAGUUCCGUGAACCCUGUCUGAGCGUUGGGGAACACAGCUACACAGGGAGGUCUCCUGCUCGCUCCGCCCCCACACCCGCCAGAACGCCAAAGGUGGAGGCGGGGGCCGCCCCCUCCCCAGCUGAAGUUCACGGGACCUGUCUAGAAUGUUCUCAGGGCUCGGGGUCUGAGCUGCACCGUAACUGUCACUGCUCCUCAGCCCGCCUGUCGUCUGGGUCAGAGUCCUGGUCGGGGUCCGAGUCGGGGUCCAGCCAGGACAGACCUUCAGAUGGAGGCAGGAUGGAGAGAAUACGAACCAAGAGAAAGAAGAGGAAGAGAAAGCGGGGCGGGGGGAGGGUGCUGCGGUCUCUGACGGGGGGUGGAGGGGGAAGGAAGAGGCCGGACAGGAACUGCCGGUGCCAGGACAAGGCUGCCGAGUCGGCCCUGGGGACAGCUGAUAACUGCACAGUGAUGAAGGACAGGAGGAGGAAACAGGAAAUAGGGAAAACUGUGGAGACCCAGAAACUGGCCUUAAAGAAAACCAAGCCUCUGUUUCAGGUUGAACCAGCGUUUAAGUUGGUGUGCACGAGCCUGCAGGAGCUGAGGGAGCUGAUCAGCAGGACUGAAGAUGAGCUGGAUGAACUGGAGAGCGCCAAGAAGAGAGCUGUUGGUGGCCGCUGGUACUUUAGGAGAGAGGCGGUGAAGGACCUUCACAUCACGCUAAUCCGCCUGCUCAACGAGCUCUCUCCCUGGGAGCCGAAACUGGUCAAGGCCUUCCACCGGAAUAGACUGCGUCUGAAAAAGGACCACGACGACUUCAAGAGGCACCCCGAGUAUGCCAACUUCGUCCGGGAGGAGUGGGUGGCGGAGGAGGUGGCGAGGCGCGCUAGGAGGGGAGACGGGGCCUCCUCUUCCUCCUCCUCCUUUUCCGACUGCAGUAGUAGACUGGAGGAGGAGGAGGAGGACACUGUCCCCAGGGGGUUGUGGGCUGCAGCUGACCUGAAGCAGGUAGGCACAGAGGCUGCGGCAGAUGGCCUGGUGACUCUUCAGCAAGUCGGGACCCCAGGUGACCUUCGACCUAUCACGCGUUACCUGAAGCGUAUGGGGAGCGACGUCGAGGACCACCCAGCACUGAGGAAGAGAUGCCGGGCCGCCAGCGGUGCUGACUCGACCGUGCCCUCUUCAUGUGGGGGGGAAGCGGAGCUCCAGAGCACACCGGGAGCCAGGGAACAGAACCCAGCAGGUGUGGUCCAGACUCAGAUCCAGACUCAGAUCCAGGCUGGGCGAACUGGACCCGCUGUUCAGUCCCCUGCCGUGGGCUACCCCAGGAGGUAUCAGCCUAUACCAACCCUUCUAGCCAAGAGUGUGGGCAAUAAAGUGACCUUAAUGCACCGGCCUCCUUCUCCGGAACCCCCCCCUGCACCACCUGCUCAACCUGGCCAGCCUCCGAAUAGAACUUUGACGUCCUCCUCUCCCCACGCCACCGGGCCUUCCCUCCUCGCCUCCCUUCAACACUCUCAACCCCCCAGCUCCCUGCCAACCUUUACUCCCACCCCUGCAGCCAAGCUAAAACUCCCGGCCGCAUCCUCCGCUACGGCCCCCAUGGCGGGCAAAUCCCCUGGCCCUUCAUCCCCUGUACCAAAGAGCCCUGUCCGGGUGGUGUACCAGGUGCCAGAGGCCCUGGGCCUGCUCAAGAAGGACGGCAGCCCGGUCAAGAUCUCCGUCCAGCCCCUGCUGGACCAGAAGACCAGGGACCAGAUCAUGCACCAAGUGGUGAUCCUGCCCAGCAACCUGCUCCUCCACAGGCCCUCUGAGGAGAGGAAGGCCCCUCGGGGCUCCUCCCCCUCCAAACCCUCCGCUCCCCUCUCCGGGCUCUCCCUCCCAGGGGGGAGCAGCAUACCCAUCCAGCCAGUGGCUCCUCUCAAGGAGCCCAGAGGGGGGAGAGAAGGAACCCUAUCUCCCCCUGUCCCCACCAGGCAGCUCCAGACUCUACCAGCAGGCUUUAAGGUUGUGCAUGCCCCAGGCUCCAAAACAAGCACACCCCAGACUGUAAUGCCAAAUAGGUCCCUCACUGCCAGUGCUGUGUCUACGGACUCCAGUGACACACAUGUGGACCCCAAACAGGAGCUGAAGACCAUCUGCAUCCGGGACUCGCAGUCCAUCUUGGUCACCACUAGAGGGGGCAACACUGGCGUGGUGAAGGUCCAGGCCUCCUCAGAACAGAAUCCUCAUGGGUUGUCCCCAAGCAGCCCUGUCAUCACCAUCUCCCCUCAGCUAAAAGCCUUCUUGGUGUCCAAGACCUCACCACCUCCUCUUGCUCCUUCUCCUGAUCCUUCCUCCGCAGCCUCCAGCAGCUCUAUGGUCCCCCAGUCCCAGUCUGCCCCCUCUGGGUUGAGGAUCUCCACGCGUCCUGCCCUCCGCCACACCCCCGUCUCCCCAUCCUCCCCCAGCAUUCCAGCAAGCAGUGUUGUCACCCUGGCCCUGAACCGGGGCCCCGGCCUCAUCACCCUCCCAGCUGCAGCUAAGCCUGGUCUGGCCUCGGCCUCACAGACCCCUGUUGCUGUAAGCACCCAAGGUCCCCUCUCUCCUAACUACCCUGUCACUCUCCCCCAAAGCCCCUCCAUGCCCAUGCUAGGGCUCACCCAGAAUGCACUGCUGCAGUGUGUCAGCAGUCCUGCUGGGAAGAGGGCGGGUGCUGAUGACAAGCAACCAAUCACAAAAUUCAUAUUGGUCACACCCACCUCUAACGCCACCCCCACCCCCAUCAAACCUGUGGUCCUUCCGGGUUCAAAGCUGAUGUUCGUCAGCCAAUCCACAGUGUGCUCCUCCCCUUCCACCACCUCCUCCAUAGGAAGCAUUCCAAAACAGGCCCAAGUGCCUGGGGUUGCAGGUCAGCCCUUGACCUCGUCAGAACCAGCUGAUGCUGGGAAGAAAGAAGCCCGUCUGAAUCCAAACGUGUGCAACACCAGCACCUCAGAGGUUCUGUCUAAGGUUCCAAGUUUUCCUCUCCCCUCUGGGGUUCAGAUCAGAUUACCGGGCCACACCUCCAGCCAUGCGACCCAGCCCCCAGUGAAGAGCAGCCCAUUCUGUAUCUCCAGGCCCGGCAGCCUGGCUGCCUCCUCCACUGGCCUGGUGUUGGUCCAGAGCACCAGCACCAGCCCCACGCUGGGGCCUGUUGGAAGCAGAGGGUCUGGAGACAAAAAGGUAGAGACCCCCCACUGCGCAGUCAGAACCACACAAGCCACACCUCCCCACAUCCAGGAUCCCCAGUACCACAACCCCUCCGGUGCUGUUGGUACACCUGCACAGAUGAUCAAGGCUCCUCCCCCUUCCCCCAGAGCCAUGCCAUCUUCACCUGGGAGACCAGCAGGUAACGUUUGUACCAGCCCCACCCCGGGCACCACUGGCACAGUACAGCAGAGAAUCGUCAUCAACACGUCAGCCCCACUGGCUGCCGGGACCCAGAUUCUCCUCAACAACACCCGCUUCGUGGUGCCCCCUCAGGGGCUUGGUCCUGGGAGCCACAUCCUUAUUAUCACCAGCCCAGCACCAGCCCCUCAGGGGGCCAGCCCUGCCACUUCGUGUCCAUUAGGGUCCACCCUCCCUGGAACACUUCCCCCGUUGUCAGCCCCUCUCCCUGUUGGAGCUCCUGCCUUGGUUCCGGUUCCAACCAGGUUGGCUGGAACAGUGGUCCCAGCUCUGGCCCCCACCCAGCCUGCACAACAAGGGCCAAGGACGGCCACUCCAGGAGCUCAGCCACAAAAAGUAGCACUUAGACCCCCAGCAGCCACCUCUGUCCACCCCACCAUCUCUCUCUCUGUCCCUCGGCAGGUAGGAGCGGUCAGAGCUCCUCUGCUGGCCAGUAGCAUCUUGUCCUCCUCCUCUCCGCCUGGUAGCUUCGGUGCUGGCCAGGUGGUUGGAAGCACACAAAGCACUGUCAAACAGGCUGUUCUACCGACAGGAGCCACCAAGACGCCUGUCAGAGCGCAGCUCAUGUCCACUGUUCAGCCAAUCCAAGCACUUACAACACGGACACAGGGUCCGCCCACGGCAGCUGUUCCACCAAUAGGCAGCGCACUUUCCCGGGUUCAGUCUUUACCCAUCGCCACGGUACUACCAAUCGGCAGCUCCUUCAAUAGCACCCAGGUGUCUCCUGUAGCAGUGGUGCCUCCAUCCAAUAGCACUGUAAUAACUACACCAGCUCAACCAAUCCGGACAUUGAGGACGUCGGAGACCGUCACCGUGCCUGUCGCUCUACCCAAUCAAAUGCAGGAUUUGGAGAAACCACUUGUACAGGUCCCAGUCAUGUCUCCAGUGGUACCUACCAAGUUGCUGGUGAGUCCAGACGGUGCUGUACUGAACCCGGUCCUGGGACCAAUUUAUCAGGCCAGCCCUGUGGGUCUCUCUGCCCUGAACUCCACCCUAGUGGUCAGUCCCAGUGUCUCCUCGGUCAGGGUCCUACCCAGCCUGGCCUCAGACGGCUCCAUGGAUGGUACCCCUACCCAGACAGGCACUGGCUCGCCUGACCUGUGAACUCUGACCUUUUGACUUGGUGUUCUGAAGAACUUGGUGUUCUGAACCCCAUUCUAUACUCGGCGAGUAGUGUAGUCAUUGGUAGCAAGGUUGUGUUCAGUUUGAGUUCUUGUUGGUUCUCGUGAAAGAUGAAGAGGGCCCUUGUUGCUCUGGGAGACGCUUCCAGGUCAUCAGAGUGGAAUCUUCAGGGUUUGAAUUGACACCUCGUCUUCAAAAGAAAAACGUGCUGGUUGAGUCGUAUGUAAACUUUAUUCUAGAUUAACUCUUUAGUUGACUCUGUUUGAAUCUGUUUGCUGAAGAGACUGUGGAAUAGACUGGAGGGGUAUUAAAUCUUAUGAUGAUGUUCUAUUUUUGUAUGCAAAAUUUUGUUUUGUUGCCCUCUAACAAAAUUGAUAGUUCAGUCGAUCUGUCACUCAAAUUUAUUAUAAUUCAUGGCCGUAUUAAAACAUGUUGUUGGAUCACAAGGUUUGAAUGUUCCUAUUAUAUUACUUUACAUUGAAAUGUAACAUUAAGUGAUGCCCUUUAGAAUUCAUAGGAUUGGAAGAACUUCAACAACUUCUUAUUCCUAUGAUUCCUCCCUCAGACCAACUGCAGAAUGGUUCUGAGAUUUGCUCCUAAAAAGAAUGUGGGAUUUACAUAUUUCCAAACGUUAGCACAGGUUUUCUGUCUUUUCAACCAACAAGCUGUUUGGGAAAAAAUAAGCGAACAUUCACUCAGAUUGAAGUGCAACUAAUUAUUUAUUUUUACCAUAUAGAUUUUUCAAAAUAUUUAGUGGAUACAUUUUCAUUGAAUAACUGUGGACAUUUCUGCCUGGUAAUAAAUGUGACUGUCCUUUC